AUUGUAUAAACUAAAAGCAAUAGCAACAACAACAACAACAACAACAAACGGAAAACGGUUUGUCUGUGUAAGUGAGAGAGUGUAAGAUAGAGAGGUGACGGCUACCCGGCGCAAUGAGUACCAUCAUUAGCGAGAAUAACGGCAGCAGCAGCAUCCCCUCAUCCGUCGGAGCCACAACAACAACAACUGGCACAAUAGCAACAACAACAGCAGCCAAUGGUCCGCGUGUUGUGACCAUUUAUAAGACGGAGACAGGAUUUGGUUUUAAUGUACGCGGACAGGUGUCUGAGGGUGGCCAAUUGCGUUCGAUUAACGGUGAACUCUAUGCUCCGUUGCAGCAUGUCAGCGCCGUAUUAGAAAAUGGAGCCGCCGAGAAGGCGGGCAUCAAGAAGGGCGAUCGUAUACUGGAGGUCAAUGGCGUCAGUGUUGAGGGGGCAACACAUAAACAGGUCGUCGAUCUGAUUAAAUCUGGAGGCGAUUGCCUGACACUGACAGUGAUAUCAGUGUCACAGCAGGAGGCCGAUAGACUGGAACCGCAAGAGGAUCAAAGUGGUUACUCCUACAUUGAUUAUUCGGACAAGCGUUCGCUGCCGAUCAGCAUACCCGAUUAUGGAAUUGUCAAUCGGAAUGGAGAACGUUAUAUUGUCUUCAAUAUCCAUAUGGCUGGGCGGCAACUUUGUUCGCGUCGUUAUCGGGAGUUUGCCAAUUUGCAUACACUGUUGAGAAAAGAGUUUUCCGGUUUCAAUUUUCCCAAAUUGCCCGGCAAAUGGCCAUUUCAAUUGAGUGAACAACAAUUGGACACCAGACGACGCGGUCUGGAGCAAUAUUUGGAGAAAGUUUGCGCCGUUCGUGUAAUUGCUGAGAGCGAUGCUGUUCAGGAUUUUCUAACCGAUACCGAAGAUGAUAUUUCCGCAUCGCCUGUCGAUAUUAAGGUGAUGCUGCCCGAUCAUGAGGUGACCACCGUAUCGGUGAAGAAAUCCUCAAAUGCUCAGGUCGUAUGGGAGAUAUUGGUGCAGCGCGCCAAUCUCACCGCCUAUACGCAGCAAUAUUUUUAUCUGUUCGAAAUAGUUGAAUACAAUUUUGAACGCAAACUGCAGCCGCACGAGAUACCCCAUCAAUUGUAUGUACAGAAUUAUAGUACCGCGUCGUCGACAUGUCUUUGUGUGCGGCGAUGGCUCUUUUCGGUUGGCAAGGAGCUAACACUGCCGGAUGGCGAACAGGCCGGACGUUUUAUAUUCUAUCAGGCGGUGGAUGAAGUGAAUCGCGGUAAUAUCCGUGCCGAUGGACGGCUCUAUGAGCUAAAGGCUCUACAAGAUGCCAAAAAGGCAGCCGACUAUUUGGCACUGGCCCGUACACUGCCCGGCUAUGGGGAUGUAGUGUUUCCCCACUGCUCAUGUGAUAGCCGCAAAGAGGGCCAUGUGGUGCCCGCUGUGGGCAUGAAGAGUUUCCGUCUGCAUGCCUGCCGCGAGGAUGGCUCGCUGGAGGCCCAAAUGGUUGAGCUAACUUGGGAAAGUAUAACCCGCUCCGAAAGCGACGAGGAAUCCAUGUCAUUUUGUUUCCAAUACAAUCGUCCCGAUAAGCCAGCACGUUGGGUUAAAGUCUAUACGCCAUAUCAUGCAUUCCUUGCGGAUUGCUUCGAUCGCAUUAUGGAGGAACGCAAAUGGGAUGACAGCGGUGACUAGGGCUGAGCAGCAGCAAGUGUUUCAGGCAACAACACCAACAACUAUAGCAGUAGUAGCAGUAG